CUCCCCAUAAAUAUGACCAGUACCUUUAAGCCUACCCGAUGACGAACUUCCAUAAUGACGACGUUCUUUCGGUGGAGCAGGAAGAGGCAUUGAAUUCCCUUCAGUACAAGCUGCAAGACUUAGACCAUCCCGAUUGCUUAUCAAGGCCUAGUCUCAUUCGUUGGCUCCGAUCGAGAAGUUGGAAUGAGCAAGAAGCAGAGAAGAUGCUGCGGAAACAUAUCAAUUGGCGGAUAGAGCACAAUGUUGAUACUAUUCUUUCCUGGUACAAAAUGCCUGAAGUAGUGGACAAGUACUUUCCCGGGGGCAUCUGCGGGUCAGACAAACAAGGCAGACCUCUGUUCAUUGCUCCGGUGGGUUGCCUAGAUCCGAAGACUUUUAUGAGAGCCGUAUCCCGUGCAGACUUUAUUCAAAGCCGAAUAUAUCAGAUGGAGUAUAUACUGCGUGUCGUACUGCCAGAAGCCUCCGAAAACACCAAUCAGGAGAUUAGUCAACUAUCUGUGAUCACAGAUAUGCAAGGACUCGGGUUCAAACAUAUGUCACCGUCGUGGCUUUCCAUUUUAUCCGAGUCUGUCGCAACCAUGGAAUCCAACUACCCUGAAAUCUUGGGCAUCUGCUUCGUCGUCAAUGCUCCACCUUUAUUCUCAAAAUUAUAUGGAUUUCUCAGACCCAUGUUGAGCAAAGCCACGCAGGAAAAAAUUCACGUAUUGGACUCAAACUAUCAGGAGACUCUUUUACGUCAUUUCAAUGCUGACUCUCUCCCAGCCUUCUAUGGCGGUACUCUGGUCGAUCCCGACGGGGACCCGCGUUGUCCUUCUCGCAUUUGCUGGGCCGGCCCCGUUCCGGAAUGUUACUUCACUCAUCCUCGCUCAUCAAACGAGAGCACCAUCAGUCGACAUUCGGUCUCGCGCUCCAGCAGUGCACAGUCUCUGAGCUGCAAGGAGCAACUUACCGCCGUUGAGAUUGACCGCGGCGCACAACGUGAUAUCCCCGUUGGAUUCCUCCCCGCUGGUGCCGAAUUGCACUGGUACGUCCUGUGCGAAUCACAUGACAUCGGUAUUGGUUGGUUCGUGAAGCCCACUGAUGGAGUUGACUUUAAGCCAACCCGGACUCGUCCCGGCGUCUCUGCUGAACUACCGUCUUACUUACUAGACUCCACUCAAGGACACCCAGGGAGACAGUCUACUAGUAUAAUCUCAGAUAAAUCGAGGGAGACAGGAGGAUCACGAGAUAAAUCAUUGACAGAGGUUGUGCCAGUUCGCCGUAUUACUGGCUCCAUGUCACCUUCCAGAGGCAAGUGCAAGAUUCGGAUACCUGGUUCAUAUUACAUGAGACUGGACAAUUCCUACAGCUGGAUGAGAGUCAAACGUGUCCGCUAUGCUUUCAAAGUAGUCGCCCCGAAGUGUCCAACCGAACAGCCCUCAAUACCUAACUUCUAUCCUCCAUUUUCUACGAAUUUAGUACGUCAUUCCGUCGUCGAUAGCGAUCAUGAUGAAUUGUUCGGCGCAUGUUCUUCCGACGAUAUUAGUGUAUUACCCAUUCCACCGGAGAAUCGUUCACGAUCUCUCCUGGUCACUGGGGGCAGCAUGGAUGUGGAUAUUAGCCUUCUGUUUCGACUCCUAGCCCAGUUGCUGCUGGUAUCCAAAAUGGAACAAACGAAACCUCCUUCCGAAUGACCGGGACAGUCCUUAUCCACUGUGCCAACCAUUCUGCCCUCUUUAUACCCAUCAAUGCACGCUUACCAGCUUGUUCGUUCAACAUUUUGCUCUCCAAGUGCACUUCGCUUUUCGUUUUAUUAUUUUUUUAUUCAUCUCGCUAGCAAUCUAAGCUAGACCCCUGAUCAAUCGAACUUGAUCGCUAUGUACGAAUUUAUUUCGAAAUUCACCCGGUUACGAACAUCAUUUCUAUUGUAACGGUCUUUCAUUCGUUGUUACCUCCUUUCUUCGAAAAACAAUUGCACGACUACCGGAGCCUCAAGUUUUAAGGCUUUCUGGGUGCUUUUUUGAACUUUUGCUUACUCCCGCACUUUUUAUGCAUCGCGCUUGUUACGCGUGUUGUUUAUUCGGACGGCUCGGCUUAUCCAUCCAAUCUUAUGUGAUACUUGUUCGCGUAGAACCUGGUGAUCAUGGGAUUUUAGUGGCCAGAUGUGAAUGUUCAUGCCCAGCUCCUCGAACAAUGUCUCUCGGGUUAGCAUCGUUAAUUUUCCGUUGGCUUCAGGUACCAUUUAAUGAAUGCAUUCGUUUUUUCAACUCAAUACGAUGAGAGCCAUUAGCAACGCGCUGUAACUAAUUGACUGAAUUAAGGUACUUUCGUGUAAAUAAAAGGAGUUAAUC